AUGCCCCGCCGUCGCAAGCCGCCCCGGCCAGGCGCCCUCAACGACCUGCCCCCGCUGCGCAUCGCUUCGCAGAUCGCGGCGCUACAAGGACUGUACUAUGCCGGGGCGCUGGUGCUGAUGCUCUUCUCGGCGCUCGUCGCUGGUACGGGGUUCACGCUGGAUCUCGUGUUUGGGUGGGAGGCUGUUCGGGGAGAUACGACGCAGGGGUGGUUGGGAGCUUUCUUGUGGGUUCUUGAUGGGGGUUUUUGCAUGGCCGUCGCAAUCAUUAUCCUCAUCGGCCGUUCAAAGCUCGUACCCGACUUCGCGCUGACGAUGCAUGGUCUACACCUCGUCGUCACGAGCCUAUACACCGGCCGCAUACCACGGAACGCAAUGUGGUGGGGUGCCAUGGCGGCCAGCUCGGGUAUCUGUGUGGCUUUGGCCGUUUGGGGGUCUAGAUACCGCGAGCUGAGGCCAAUAUCUUUCGGUGGAGGAGGCGGUGGAAAUAUCGGGGGCGGUGCUGGGAGCAGUGGUGACGGCGCUGCGCAGAAUGGUGGCACCGGCGACGAGGAGGAUGGGCUUGGGUUCUCCAGGGGACGGGGACGCGGGAGAGGGAGGGAUGGUGAGGGCGGGUAUGAGAUGGUCGGGAUGGAUCAUGAGAGACGGAAUUCUUGA